AUAGCCACAAUACCAAGGUUGAGGCUAGGACAUUCACAUAAUAACUAUCUAGUUUUACUCGUGAUAAACAAUCAUGUUUAAUUAGUGUUUUGUCAUAUUCGAAACAUGAUAAACGCGGUCUGUAUAAUUACAUGAUAUAGCUUGUAUAUGAAUUAUUGUGGUCUUCGGUUGCGAUCCAUUAUAACAAGGCAGUAUAAAUUCCUAAUCAGUUAAGAAAAAAAAAUAAGAAAAAAUGACAAAAGGUGUUUUAAAAUAAUCGUGUAAAACACUACACUGUCAAUAAUGGGGACUGCGAGUGCCUUGUCAAGGAUGUUAUUUAUCGUGUUUAUGUUGUCCGGAUUGUGCCUCGCUGCAGUGUUACAAGAUGGGGGACCUUCGAAACAUGUCUACAAAUCCAAACCGACAGGUCACUGCGACCCUGUAUGUUCCUGCCAGAUGGACGGGGUCUAUUACAGCGAGGGUGAGAGGUGGGCUAAGCCCCUAAACCCUUGUCUUGUCUUCAAGUGUAUGCCAGAUGGCUUCUUUGAAGUAGUCGAAAACGGUUGUGAGUACAAGGACACGUGUCAUCCCGUGAACUCCACGUGGACAGACGAUUGCAACACGUUCACGUGUUCCACUAGCGGCACCACCGUGCAAUAUUACCUGAAAGAAGCAGGUUGCCAGGACGCAGACGGGCAGUGUUUAUCUGUUGGGGAGAGGUUGGUGCGCGGAUGUGACGUCAUUGAGUGUCAGCUGAACGGGGGGAGUCUCAAAAUUACCAAAAUUCAGACAGGAUGUGCGGUUGGAGAUUCCUGCAGACCCGUAGACAGCUACUGGCACGAUGGGUGUACCAUACACACGUGUAACGUUACAAAUGACGUCGCAGAGGUCAAGCUCUUGCCAAACGACGCCAUGCUGUGGCCUGCGGGUCCAUAUGCCAUGUUAAAGCCAGUUAGCGGUUGUCCAAAAGACGUCCCCGAAUCUUGGCGGGAAGGAACACGAAAACACUUCGGCGAUGGCGCUAACGUCUAUUCCGAUCCCUUGUCAUUAUCCGGAACAUACGUCCCGGCACAUAUGUCACACAAAUUCUGUGUACACGGUCCGGCCAGUGAUAUGGUAGCUGCUCCAAAGUACAAAACCUACUGGGAACGAGGGAGUUACUGUAUACUUCGAUCCGGUGGCUUUUGCCCAAGAGGCUUCACCAAUGGUUUUAUAAAGAUAGACGACGCAGACGCGAUGGCGCUCAACGCAACAAACAUCGGUUACCUUCCCGACGGCGAGUUCAGUCCAGACACGGGCCUCUACUUCUGCUGCCGUGGAGACGGGCCUCCGAGCACUGAAAUUGUCAUGCCUAAGGAGAACAGCUUUGUCUUGUUCAUGAAAAACGGGGCGACGGGAUGUCAGCAAGUUCAGGGGAUGAAUGCUACAGUCGAGUUCAUGACGUUCGAUGGUGCUCCGACCUCUAGCCACGUGACAGAAGGGAACCUGCCGGCCUUGGAUAUACAGGACGGGGACGUGAAACUGUCCAUCUGCCACUACAGACCGCUAGAGUGUGGUUGUAAGGACGAGUCCGGGCAGUACAUCAUUGUGAACACACAGAAGAUGAUCAACUGUGUUCUCAAACGGUGCGUGAAACAGAACGGCGCCAACGUGCUGGAGGUUGUCAGCGGGGGCUGUCAGGGAGAGGGCCGAUGUUGGGCUGAAAGUGACAUCUGGGCGGAGUUUCUAGGUGAGUCGUGUACGAGGUUCACGUGCUGGAGGCGGGGCCGGGGAGCGUCCAUACAUUUCAAGGUCUCCGAGAUUUCACAAGGUUGUCGCGACGGAGACCGAUGCCGGUCGAUCGGUUCUCAAUUGACACGUGACUGUUAUACUAGCACGUGUAAGGUCAACCCUGAAACGCAGAAACCAGCUUUCAAGGUCAACGCUGCGGAGUGUCCGUGGCUGGAGUCGUGCAUGCCGCCCAACUCGACAUGGGAGCUUAACUGUAUAACGUAUCGUUGUGAUAUCCAGAUCGAGGCCGACCGACACCAGUGGAAUGUUAUACCCAUCACCUACGCUUGUGAGUGGAAUGGCAGUUGUUACGAGGCGAACCAAACUUGGUCUGACGGCUGUAUAGACUACCAAUGUGACGUCAGCAGAGCGGAGCGCGAGGUUAAUUGGAACGUGAAAACGCUCAAAAUAGCAUGCAAGGACUUUAGUGGACGGUGUGUGCCGGUUGGGCAGACGGUCAAGGACAACUGUAUAGACUACAUGUGUAUCCAGUCAGGGAGAAGUGUUGGGCUCUCGCCUGUCUCCGUUGGAUGCCAGUACAACGAAUUAUGCAAGUACGAGAAUGAAACUUGGACUGAUAAUGAGAGGUGUGCGGAGUACCAGUGUAAUAAGGCACAGCGGAACAAGGGCACGGUAAUGCAGAUCAGCGUCGUUGGAUACGGCUGCGUGUUCAACAGCACGUGCAAGAAGGUGAACGAAACAUGGGCGGACGGCUGCCGCACCCGGAAAUGUGUCGUGCGGCGCACGGACAAGAUGAUACAGAGGAGUAUUGCGCCUGUCACCGCCGGUUGUGACGACCAAGGUAUCUGUCGACCAAUCGGCUUCACGAAGAUGACAAACUCAUGCGCGGAGUACGAGUGUCAGUUUAACGAUACAUACAAGGACGCCUUCUUCACUCUGUCAGGAGGAGGUUGCCGGACGUCAGAGGGCGGCUGCAAGGUGUUGGGCGCGGAGUGGACGGAGCGGCGGCAAGGCUUAUGCCUCCAGUACGCGUGUCACAAAUCUACGAUAGGAUUCGUUUCAAAAAUGAUCACACAAAGUUGUCUUGAUGCUAACGGCGUGUGUCAGCCGAUCGGAUCGACGGGGUUCUCGGCGGUGAUCGAGGACAAGUUGCAACCAAAUUGCCGGUGUGAACAGUCCACCAGAGACCUGGACAGACUCGCUAUUACCUGCGGCGUUCCGUAAACUAGCAAUAAACACUUAUUUGUAAUAACAAAGUUGUUUGUGUUCACUUAAACACUGUUCGUAUAGUUUCAGCGUGUUUGUCUUUGUGGUACUUAUGUUGCGACCAUUUCAUAUAUUCCAAUAUGUCGCAUUUCCUUGUUUCGAAAUACAACCGUCAACAAUGGA